UCUGGAGGUGCGCUGAUUUCUGGGAUCUGCUUCCUUUCAAUUCGUCUACAGUUUAUUAUCAAAAUUUACAUUGCUCAUCCAAAAUGUCUGGUUCUCCACCGCCGCCACCGCCACCACCUUUAUCGCGCCCACCAAGGCCACCUCAGUAUAUGCAGCAGCACGCUCCAAUGGGUGGCAAUUUCCGCCCACAGCAGCAAAUGGCGCCGCGCAAUCAGAGCCACGGAAUGCAGCCAAACUACAACCAGCAUGGCCGGCCGCCAUAUAUGCCGAUGCAGCAAGGCGGUAUGCGGCCCAACAAUGGGGGCGGCUACCAGCAGCACAGUGGUCCGCCCCAGUACCAGCAGCAGCAGCAGGGGUACGCACCGCAGAUGCGCCCAUCAUUCCACAAUAACAACAGCAACAGCAGCAGCAACCAGCAAGGUGACGAGAAUAAGCGCGUCCGAAGGCCGUUGCAGCGCCGGACAAUCGACUACUACGCGUCGACGGCACGCGGUCUGGAGUUGCGGUCGGGUGGCGCCAACAUGUCCCUAAAGUAUCUGCCCAGCGAUCCCAGCUACACGGUUGAGGUGUUUCCAUCGGUAUUUGUGCCGGAGGAGCCUGAGACGUCGAUUACGACGAGGUUUAUUCAACAGGCGCAGAAUAAAAUGCGGUGCCCAAUCAACGUUAUUCGGUGGACGCCUGAGGGCAGGAGACUACUGACUGGCGCGUCCACUGGCGAAUUCACAAUGUGGAGCGGGCUGACGUUCAACUUUGAAACCAUCAUGCAGGCGCACGAUACCGCUGUGCGAGCGAUGGAGUGGACACACAACGCGCAGUGGCUGGUCAGUGCUGACGGCAAUGGUGUGAUCAAGUACUGGCAGCCCAACAUGAACAACGUCAAGGUCUUCCAGGGCCACAAGGACACAAUCCGCGAUCUGAGUUUCAGCCCAGCCGACACAAAGUUUGUCACAGGCGGUGAUGACGGCGUGCUGAAAAUCUGGGACUUCAAUCGUAGCGCCGAGGAGAGCCAGCUUUCGGGCCACGGCUGGGAUGUGCGGACAAUUGACUGGCACCCGUACAUGGGCAUGAUUGCAUCCGGGGGCAAGGACAACGUGGUAAAGCUCUGGGACCCGCGCUCCUCAAAGUGCCUGACUACUCUGCACGGCCACAACAACACAGUGUCAAGCCUGCAGUGGAAUCGUAACGGCAACUGGCUCCUCACCGGCGGCCGCGACCAAAAUAUCAAGAUGUUCGACCUGCGUGCUAUGAAGGAGGUGCAGGCAUUCCGUGGCCCGCAGAAAGAGGUUUCCUCGGUCGCAUGGCACCCGAUUCAUGAGACAAUGUUUGCAUCAGGCGGGUCCGAUGGCGGUAUCCACUUCUGGUUUACAGGCGAGAAGGGCCACCAGGGUGAGAUCACUGGUGCCCAUGAGUCAUACAUUUGGUCGCUAGCGUGGCACCCGAUGGGUCAUAUCCUGGCAUCUGGUAGUAAUGACCAUACGACUCGGUUCUGGUCUCGCCCCAGGCCCGCAGAGCACCUAGAUACUGAGCUGGCCGAUAAGGAGCAGGAGGAGAGAAUAUAUGGCGAGGCCGUCAAUCUCAAAGCGUCGUCGGAGUUUGUGAGCUCCCUGGGAUUUGGACCUGCCAAUGCGUCGCACAAGAACGAUGGCAAGGACUCCGCCAACGACGCUAUUGUGCCGAACACGCCUUCGACGCUGCCAGGACUACCUGGGCUAUCGUCCGGGUCUCUUGGUCGAGUAAUGGCCAAUAUUAUGAAAGAAAACAUCACCAAGCUACCUGGCCUUGGCGACAGUAAAGCUGAGUCUGCCCGACCGCCUCUGCCACCGCCACCCCCCUUGCCUGGCAUGCGGGCAGCUGGUGCGCCUCACCCGCCGCAGCAGCGCCCUCCACCGCCCCCGCCGCUGAGCCAAAUGCGCUCGAUGAUGGGCCGCCCACCUCCUCCCCCACCUCCACCAGGGCUCUUGGCCCGGAAUGGAGGCCCAUAUUCAGGCGGGCCACCGUCGCAUGUGGGCCCGGCGCGCGGAGGUACACAGGAUGGGCGUCCAAGACCACCUAGCUCGACGAGAUUCAAUCCUAUGCAGAGAGAUAAUGCGGCAAAUGCGCGUCGUCGGCAAUGAAUACGUACGUC